GUCCACUGGGUUUACUCCGAAGGAAAAAAAAAGUGUAGUGCGCUGAUCUGUCUACACUUUCGCUCUUGAAGGAGCUGGACUGUCACAACUACACAGUGAAAGGAGAAUCUACCAGGUGUAAUAAUGCAGGACUACACAAAGGCAGUGAAGGAGUUUGUGGAAGAACAUCCUACAGGAAUCACCGCUGUCCUGGUGACGGGUGUCGGGAUCUUUGCCCUGCGGAGAUGGCUGGCUGGAGGAGUCUGCCGCAGCAGAGCACGCUUGGACGGUAAAACUGUUCUGAUCACGGGAGCCAACACUGGUAUCGGCAAAGAGACAGCGGUGGACAUGGCCAAGAGAGGUGCAAGGGUCAUCCUGGCUUGCCGAGAUAUGGGCAGAGCCAACAAAGCAGCAGAUGAAGUCAGAAAGAGGAGUGGAAAUGGCAAUGUGGUUGUGAAGAUGCUGGAUCUGGCCUCCUUGCAGUCUGUCCGAGCUCUGGCCAAAGAUGUACAGCAGAAUGAACAGAGACUGGAUAUUCUCAUUAAUAAUGCUGGGGUAAUGAUGUGCCCACAGUGGAAGACAGAUGAUGGCUUUGAGAUGCAGUUUGGUGUGAACCAUCUGGGUCAUUUCUUGCUUACCAACUUACUUCUGGACGUGUUGAAGAAAUCAACACCCAGCCGAGUUGUCAAUGUUUCUAGCCUGGCCCAUGAAAGAGGCAAGAUUCAUUUUGAUGAUAUAAACCUGGAGAAACACUAUGAUCCAUCAAUAAGCUAUCAACAGAGCAAACUGGCCAAUGUUUUGUUUACCCGGGAACUAGCUGUCAGACUGAAAGGCACAGGAGUGACAACUUACGCUCUUCAUCCUGGGGUGAUCCAUACUGAGCUGGGCCGACACUUUUUGCCCUCUUUGCCUCUAUGGAAGAGGCUUUUGUUCUUGCCUUUUUUCUUCUGUGUUAAAUCACCUUUGCAGGGUGCACAGACCACCAUCUACUGUGCAGUGGAUGAGAAUCUGCAGAAUACCAGCGGCCUUUACUACAGUGAUUGUGCCGUGAAAGAGGCAGCUCCUCAGGGUAGGGAUGAUGCUGCAGCCCGCAGACUGUGGGAUCUCAGUGCUUCCAUGGUGGGCCUGGCUUGAGACAAUACCUUGCCCAGUGGAAAUCACCUUUUUGACAAAUGUUUGUCACAUUUUCCUUUGUAUAUUGUACAUUCCAAAUUUGCAGACUAUUGAAUCUGCAUUAUAUAAAGUACAGACAGCAUAACAAUGUGGGAAAGUAGUGUUUCAGUGUCUGUAAUGACUGCGAUGUGUAACUGCAAUAUAAGUGUGAAUUUAAGCAUUUAAAAAUUAGUAUGAAGUUACAUAUUGUAAUGCUAUUAGUCAUAUUGUAUGUAGCUAUACAAAUUAGACAUUUGAUCUAUUUAAUUUUUGGUGCUUGUAAAAUUGGAUACUCCGUAUCAUGAUAUAAUUCUGUUUUUAUAUAAAUGUGGUUAACAUUUUUUCCAAGCCUAUUUUUGAUGAAAAUAAGGCAUUAAAUGAACAGUUAACCAUUAUAAAAUGAAAGCCCGGAUGAGUUUAUGGUAAAGAGCGUUUUAUAAAACCUGUAACACAGCAUGAACUGUGUUUUGGAAUAAAAUUGGAAAUUGAAAAAAU